AAAUUUUCCUAUCACCAAGGUAUCUUACAUAACAUUGUCAUGUCAGUUUUUUUUUUUCAAAUCAUAUUUGCAUUUUUCUGUUUAAUUUGUCUUCUGAAGAAGUAAACGUAUGUGCAGCAGUGUCUUUUCUUUCUGGGAUUGGAUAAAGCCUACAAAUAAUCCUAUCGUAAAAUGGAUCAUUUUUAAAUACAAUAGAAUGCGUAGUUGUUAAAGGGUGGAUUCAAUAGUAUAAGAUGAUGAAAAGUAGAAGCAGAAUUAUUUUUCCUUUUUUCUAAAUCAUUUUUACACAAACAUCAACUACUGAUAAGUGAAGAAAUUUUCUUUCCUAGUAGAAAAUAAUUAUUUCUCUCCUUAAUAGAAAACAAAAAUAUGAAUUCCUUAUUGUAUUUGUUUGCGAGAAUUUUGUGAUGAUAUUAUCGUUUACAGCAUAACUGUAGUCAUCAUUUGAAUUACUAUUCAGUGGACAAAUAAACAUGAGUAGUGUUGCACACUUAUUCUAUGUGCAAAUUCUUAUAUUUUUAAGUAUCUUCCAAUGUUAUUUUGUCAAUAGUACAAUUUAUUCUUAUCCUCUGCAAACAUUUGGAAGAAUUGGAUUAUCUGGUGCUUCAAAACAAUCAUUUUUAGGAUCAUGGAAUUCAAAAUAUGCUGAAAAGCAUGAUGAUUAUUCAAAAGGAAAUUAUAUGAAUAAUGAUUUAUUGUUUAAUGAUCAUGACUCAUCAUCUCUGUCACCAACGUCAUCAUCAUCAUCAUCUUUGUUGCCUUUCAUGCCGUCAUCGGACUUAUCAUCGUCUUCAUUGAUGUCAUCGUCAGCACCACCACUAACCUCGUCAUCAUUACUCUUCGAUGAUAACACUUUAGGUAGCCACGAUGCAUAUUCACCAAUUAUGGAUACAUUGGAUCCAACAAAUUACUAUGCAGAUUGGCAUCGUUUAUUAAAUGGUUACGGUAGUCAAAGAUGUUAUCCAAUUCCUAAAAAUAUGUCAUUAUGUCAAAAUAUCGGUUAUGACGUCAUGGUAUUGCCGAAUUAUUUACAGCAUGAAGAUCUAAAAGAAGCUGUAGAACAGUCACAAGUAUGGAUGAGCUUAGCUCAGACUGAAUGUCAUCCAGAUUUAAGAAAAUUCUUAUGUGCUUUAUAUGCACCAGUUUGUGUAGAAGGCCAUCAAGAACGUUUGAUACACCCAUGUCAAAAUUUAUGUGAAGAUGUUCGACGAAACUGUCUACCGAAAAUGCUACAAUUUGGAUUUGGAUGGCCAGAUAUUGUAAAGUGUUCAAGAUUUCCUAAUAGUGCAACACGAAUGUGCGUACCUUUAUCACAACAGAGAAGGCUUCGUUGUUCUGGUUGUGUUGAAGAACCAACUUUUGAGAGUGCUAUUAGUAGUUUUUGUAUGGCUGAUGUUGUGUUACGAGCACAAAUUCUGUAUAUCAAUAGACAGAAUACAAGCAACAGUAAAUCUAUUCAGCUAUUUUUGGAUAGACAGGCACGAACUCUUAAACUCCCACGUGAACGCAUCAACUAUGGUCACUUGAAAAUUAUAGUUGAUUGUGAAUGCAAUCUGCUAAGCGAAGCUUUUCAUUCAUUACAAAACAGGCUGACAAAGUGGUUGAUAAUGGGCAAAAUAUCACCCAGUCGAGGUAUUCUGCACGUUGAAUAUUUGUCACGCAUCAGUCGUUCAAAUUUAGGACUUAAGCGUGCGCUGAAAGCUAUGAGACGUCCAGCUUCGCAAUUAUGUAAACUACCAAUAACGGAGAAGUUAGCACCAACUGGUAUGAAACCUAAUAUACCAAAUCCACUUCAUCAUGUUAAAUCACCACCUACUAGACGAUCUCGUUUGAUGAUGAAACAAAACCAACCAACUCAUUUAAACAAUCACUUCUAUUCAUCAUCACCUACACCAUUAAACAAAACCCACGUACGUUCAACGGCUCGCGUAUUUCCACCUUCUAAGUUGUCGAACAGUAAUUCACGCGAGAAACAUUCAGGUCGUCGUAUGUUAGUACGUCGAAGUCAAGGUGCAUCAAAUAAACAUUCAGAAAGCAAGUACUCAAAGGGUACUAGUCAUAACAACAAUUUGUAUCCAGUUAGAUCAGUUGUACUUGAAUAUUCUAAAGAUUCUAUGCAUUUUAGACCACUUAUGCAGAUAUCUAAAGCAGAAGAAAAGUUACCACUUGAAAGUGAAAAUGAUUUAUUCUCACCACAAACAGUUUCACCAUGGUUACGAUGAGGUUAUGUAACUUAAUUUAUGCAAUUUUGCGUACACCCAUAAAUUGUUAUAUGAAUUAUCAUAGUUUUCACCACAGUUUGUUUAUCUAAUAUCUGUAAUAUUAUCUACUUUACCACGAAUACUCACUAAGAUUUAAAGUUUAAGAUCAACUUCAGUUACAUAUUAAGAAAAUGUAUACACAUUUUUUUGAACGGAUACUCUGUUCGUUUAUUUAUACUACUAAAGAUAACAUGUAAUUUUUGAAGUUGUCAGUACUCCUUGUACUGUUUUUCUCUUGUUUGUAAACAUGUUUAAAAAUUUUCAAACAAACCGCGCAAAUUAACUGCUAUUUUGUCAUUAUGUAUUUCGCUGUGGACUGAAGUCCUAUUUUCUUUUGCACUUAAUACAUAUAAAUGCAUGAAAAAUUAAACUGAUUGACUUAGUAACAAGAGUAUCGGUAGAAAUAUGUUUUAAAUGAUUAAAAAUGCCCAUUAAAAUUUACAAAAGAAUGAAUACUGAACAAAGAAUACUCUUUUCGAUAACUUCAUCAUCAGGCUCUAGAGUUAUAUAUACAUUACA